UUCUCCUCAGUCCUUGCCUGGGUGCUGUUUAAUCUUUCCUAUGCUGUCUCUGCCAAGUACCUUUUCAAACUCAGACUUGGAUCUCUUGUGUUUCUCAGCAGUUUCCUGCAGUGACUGCUGGCACUCCACCGCAGCUCGGGCUACAUGGUGAUGCCGUGACCAGGCUGGAGAUGGACCUAACCUGUGCCAUCUGCCUGGACACUUACCUUGAGCUGGUGAUGCUGAGUUGUGGUCACAGGAUCUGCAGGGAUUGCACCCAGGAGGAACGCCCGCAGGACCGUUGCCCACUGUGCCAUACCCAGGCAGACCCAGAGGAGGAAAGGCCUGAAGUGCAAUGUGAAGAGAAGGGGGAAAGCUUGGGACAGCAAGAUGGGGUGAUCCUGUGUGACUUCUGCCUUCAGGAGCCCCAGCCAGCCGUGAAGACCUGCAUGAACUGCGAGGCCUCCUUCUGCCAAGCCCACCUGAGCAAGCACAACACAAAGAGCCCUCUGAAAGAGCACGUCCUGAUAGAACCCUGUGAAGCUCAGGUUUUGGCUGAGAGGAGAUGCCCCCAGCAUGGCAGGCUGCUGGAGUGCUACUGUGUGACAGACUCCGUCUGCAUCUGCAUGCUGUGCUGCAUCAUCAGCUCCCACAAGGACCACGAGAUCACCACUCUGGAGGAGGCUUUUGGCAAAGCACAGGGUUUUUUUACUGAAACCCUGGAAGCAGUGAAAACCCACGAAGCUGCGCUGAAUCACAGCAUAGAAAACCUGCUGAAACAAGAGGAGGAAGUAAAGACUGAGGAGGGCCUGCGGAGGGGUCGGCUGGAGAGCCUCUUCAAAGAGAUGAGUCUGCAGCUAGAAAACAGAAAAGAAGAAGUCCUGAAAGCUCUCAGUCACAACGAGGAGCAACAGCUUUCUUGGAUUCAGAAGGAGAUGCAAAAACACAAAGAGGGGAAGGAUGCAGCCAGCCGUGAUGUACAGGAGCUGGAGGCUCUGAGAGAUCAGAAAGACCUCCUCCUUUUCAUCAAGGCUUUUUCAGCAAUUCAGACCAGGGAACACGAACCAGUUUCUAAGGAUGCUGAUUUAAAACCAAGGCCACCCAUUAUUUUGGAUAAAUUAACAACAGAUGGUACUCUAAGGCUUUUCCAGCAAUUCCUCUCAGACAUGCAGUCCUUAUUUAAAUCACCUCCUGGAGUAACUUCCACAGCAGAGAACACCACAGAAUCGAAACGCAUUGAGUGCAAGGGAAGGUCUGAAUAAACACAUUCUGCAAAUUCCCGACUGCAGAAUUACCUCCUUGUGCCUGGCCAUGCUAGGAAGUUUUAAGAGUUCUAGAAAACACCUUCAAAUGAUCCUAAGCAAAUAAGCAUGUAUAAAAUGGCUGUGCCACUGCUCACAUGUUUCUCGUCUGUGGAAGUUAAUCUGGGAAGUUUUUAGAAAUGCCUAAUGAAGCUCUGCAUCUGCAGGGCACUGAUGGAAAAUGAGAAUCUCAGAGCUGCUGUCAUUGGAAACACAAAGCAAGAAGACAUUUUAAAAUUGUGAAAGAGCAGUGUUUCUUGAAAUGUGGGAUCACCCCCUUUUAGAAUUACGUGGGAGCAGCUAAGAGAGGUACAGAAGCGCUUUCAGUUAACAUGCUUUUAGUGACUUGGGUGGGUUGGACUUGAAUGACUUGGAUAGGAUAACUUGUGUUGACUUGGAUUGGGAAAUCCAGCCUUCAGCAACUGGGGGAUGUGUGGUAUCUGUGUGUUGGUUUUCUUUCUUUCUACAGUUCAUGAACACCUGACAACUUCAGUGUGUCAAGAAGGCAGAUUUGCUUUUGGGAGCAAGGCAUUCCAUGUGUCCCCAUGGCACCUACCCACAGUUCCCAAUGUGGAUGCAUUAACAGCCCCUAUCCCCCAAUUCAAGAGCAAUGAGAGCUUCUCAGAAGGCUGUCACUUCUGGGAGGUAGACACUAGCAACAUGAGACGCUGGAUGCUUGGAAUUGCUUGUCCCAGGUUUCAGUGCUAUCUGGAAGCGUCUUCUCAUUACCUCUCUCUGUUCCUAGAUAAAACACUGAUCACGGGAAAGCACUUUCCUACAGCCCUCAAAGUGAUCAGGGUAGAGGUAGACUGUGGAAGAAACAGGCUGUCAUUUUAUAACGUGUCUGUCAAGGAUGGAGAUCCUACUGACAGUCUCCAUCUUUUAGAGGCAGUAAGCAUCCCUUUCAGCUACCCUGUCCAUGCCAUCUUCAAGAUAUUUGAAGGCUCUCUGAAGCUCCUGUAGUGAUGUGGGGACAAGGUGCUGUUUUGUAUUUCCAGGCGAUCUAUCAGGACUGCUGCUGCAUGGAAGCUAUGCUAAGCUGGCAUAUUAGAAACUGGAAUUGGGGCUGCUGUGAUGGCUUUAUCUCUGUGAGGGCAAGGCCUCUGUGGGGUGUAUCACAGCACACAGCUGCUUACCGCAAGAACUCCUGUCUUCUGUUAGUCACAAUGGAAAUGCUGUUAAGUUGUGCUUUUUUGCUCAGCUGUACCAAAUUCUGUGUUGGCUGCAUGCUAUUACAUCUGGUUUUUACUGAACAGCAGUUCAGUUCAUAAAGAAGUUGAACUGCUACAGAACAAAGCAGCAGCAAUGCUGAUCUUUAAUGUACAACUGAAGCCAUCCCGUGCAGAAGCAAAUCUGGGCUGGGAGGCGAGUAGAGACUAGGUGGUAAGACAUCCCGUUUCCUUUCUCUCCACUGCUAACAUCCCCUGUGAGGACUCUGAUAGAUCAUUUACCAACUUUUUUGCAUGAAUUUUGGGUUUUCUUUUCACCUGUGCAAAAAUCUCACAGCAAAAGGAACAAUAAAGCAGAAAACUCUUGUGCUUUUA